UCAAACAUAGACCCAAAAUCGAAAUCGACGCUGCAGCUGCAUCUCUUCGCACCCCUUCCCUUCCCUUCCCUCGAAACCCUCUUCCCUUCUCUGCUACCAAGUUUCUGCUUCUUCUUCAACUCGCAGGCGGGCUUCUUCCAUCUCUCUCUCUCCGGAGCGGGUUUCAUUUUCUUGUGUUUUGCGUGACUUCUAACAUUAACCACUUCAACCCACAAAUUCGUUUCACAUUCAACAAGUUACUCAAGCCUCUUCCGAAUCGAUCUCUCUGGAAUUACACUGAAUCGAGUUUCAAGGCCAUUAAUUAAUUCGGAAGAAGUAUGAGUGCUCCUCCUAAUCGAAGGCUGCACGAGGAGGGUGGGGCUGGCAGUGGAAAUUACAGUCACCAAUCUGUUUCAAAGUAUCCUCACGACGAUCAGGGAGCGUAUUCUGGUUCUGGUGGAAAGGGUGUGGCCUCAACCAGGCAUGACUACCAUACUCCCUAUGAUAUGGGUCAGGAAGGUCGGAUUCCAAAAAUUCCAUCUAGGGAUGCGGACAGGAGACCGCCCAUGCUUCCGAAUAUGUUGUUUAGGGUUUCUACACCAAAUGAUCUACACUCUGAUCAUGUUGGUGGCACGGAGACCAGGAUGGACUUCAGAGAUUCGAAAGACAGCAUCAAGGAAAUUAAGGUUGAUAGUCGUGAAGUGAAGUCUGAUUCUAGAGAGAUGCAUCAGAGUGGUAAAAGUGAUAAAUAUGAUAGCAGAGCUGAUGAUAUGAAAGAUACAAAACAUGAAAGGGAUACCUAUUCUGAGCUAAAGAGCAAUGAGAAGAUGGACAAAGAGAGUUUCUAUGCAUCUAACACCCCUUUAACUUGGAAAGAUAUGAAAGUGAAGCAAUAUUCUGAUGUUUCUGCCGAACCUUGGCAUAUUUCUCGUACAGAUUUACAUGGCCCAGCUGAUGCCACAAAGGAAGGAUUGCAUGUUGAUGACAGGGACCUUACUGACGCUCGUGAAGCAGUUGGGGAAAACAGGGUGGAUACGAAAGGGGAGGAAAAAUUUAAAGACAAAGAUAGAAAGAGGAAAGAAGUAAAACACUGGGAUUGGCCGGACAGGGAUAAAGAAAGAAAUGAUCGCCGAAACAACGUACAGAUGGGUAGCAGCAAUAGUGAAAACAGAGAAGUAGUAAGGGAAGAAAGAGAAUCUGAGAGGUGGGGAAAUGAAAAGAAAGAUCCCCUGAAAGACAAGGAAAAGCAAACUGAAAAGGAUCAUGUCAAGAGGGAAGGGUGGACCGGUGUGGACAAAGAAGCUUCACACCCUGAAAAAGAAUUAAUAGAUGUCCCUGGAAAAUCUGUUGAACAGGAUUGCUCAACCCUUGAACCAAAGAAGAAAGAUCAUGAUACAUGGAAAAAUGUUGACAGGGAGUCUAGGGACAAAAAGAAGGAAAGGGAAGCUGAUGUAGAAUCAGAGAGACCUGAUAAGCGCAGUAGGUAUCAUGAGAAGGAAUCAGAUGAAGGUGGUAUGCAUGCUGAAGGUGGAGUGGAACAGGAAAAAGAAUCCUUUAAUUCUGGGGUUCAGCAGCGUAAGAGGAUGCUACGGCCAAGGGGAAGUCCCCAAAUUGGAAAUCGUGAUCCACGUUACAGGCCAAGUUCGAAUGAAAAUGAAGGGUCACAGGGCAAGGCUGAUAUGUCAUGUGUUGUUUAUAAAAUUGGUGAAUGCAUGCAAGAACUAAUAAGAUUGUGGAAGGAAUAUGCAUCUUCACAAGCAGAAAAAUCAAGUGAAGGUUCUCAAAGUGGCCCUACGCUGGAAAUCAGGAUACCAGCUGAGCAUGUCACUGCAACCAAUCGCCAAGUAAGAGGUGGGCAGCUGUGGGGCACAGAUGUGUAUACGGUUGACUCUGACUUAGUGGCUGUUCUGAUGCAUACAGGUUAUUGUCGCCCAACAGCUUCUCCUCCUCCAUCAUCUACCCAGGAGUUAAGGGCUACUAUCAGAGUUUUGCCUCCCCAAGAAUGUUACAUUUCUACACUGAGGAAUAAUGUUCGAUCGCGUGCAUGGGGAGCUGCGAUUGGUUGCAGUUACCGUGUUGAGCAGUGUUGCAUUGUGAAGAAAGGAGGUGGCAUUAUUGAGCUUGAACCUUGUCUCACACAUUCAUCAACCAUGGAACCCACACUGGCUCCAGUGGCUGUGGAACGCACAAUGACUACAAGAGCUGCGGCUUCGAAUGCAUUACGACAACAAAGGUUUGUACGUGAAGUAACAAUUCAGUUCAAUCUCUGUAUGGAACCCUGGCUUAAAUACAGCAUAAGUGUUGUUGCUGACAAAGGUCUGAAGAAGUCUCUCUUUACAUCAGCACGCUUGAAGAAGGGGGAAGUGCUAUAUGUAGAGACUCAUUCCCGCAGGUAUGAACUUUGCUUUAUCGGGGAGAAAAUGACCAAGACUGGUACUGCACCUCAUGCACAUGGACUCGAAACUGGAAGGACUCAAGCCCACAAUUCACAUCUUCCUAAUGGUGAAAAGAAUGCCGUGGAUGGUGAGAGCUCUGUGGUGGAUAUAUUCCGGUGGUCUUUCUGUAAGAGGCCCAUCCCUCAAAAGAGCAUGCUAAGCAUUGGGAUUCCACUGCCUCUCGACCACAUAGAGGUUGUGGAAGACAACCUGGAAUGGGACGACAUAUCGUGGUCGCAGACUGGUGCCUGGAUUGCAGGGAAAGAGUAUCAACUUGCUCGGGCUCAUUUUCUUUCCCCUACCUCCUAAUUAUACAUCUUCCAACAUUAUCCUUUAUUCCGACUUCCUGAUGUCUUAGUAUCUUGAUUUCUAUUUCUUGUUGGACGUAAGAAUGUGUCGACAAAACCUUCUCAUACAUACAUAUAUUCACUGGACUCCGCAAAUUAGACUCAUGUAAUCAUGUUGGUGUACUGAAA